UGUUUCUUCUAGACCUGAAAAGUUCAACAUUUGAACACGAUAAGACUCGGAACAGUUUUUCUUUAUAGAAUCGUACUGCAUUGAUCGAUCUCUUUAAUUUACAUAAUUGCAGAACUGAAACUUGGUUUUGAUAGUAUCACAUAGAACAUAUUUAUAAUUGAUAAUAAUUUCACGGAACAGAAUAUUUAAAAUUGAUAACAAUUUCAUCGUUAACAAACGGCAGUAGUGAUUGAUUGGAAUCGUAUCUUGAAAUAUUUUCGUGUUUUUGACGCCUUACUUUCAAAUCAUUCCGAUAUUUGCAUCACCCUUAAUUUGCAUCACAAUCGUUUCUGAUUUUAUUUCAGCUAAAGCAGAUGGAAACAACCAUGAAAGCGGGUCUGAAUGUACGGAGGUUCAAGUACGUGAAGAAGUUAGUAAUCGACCCUCGAUUGGAAGAAGUGAACUCAGCGUUGGCAGAGCUGAUCGACGUCUCAACCAAACAUCCCAAAGAGAAAUUCGCAUCAAGUGCGGACCAGCUUCUUUUGUAUCAGAGCUUGAGCUACAUGUUGAAUGCGAAGAAGAUUCUAGACUGUGGCACCUUCACUGGUCUCUCCGCCCUCUCUUUCGCCCUAGGUUGUGCAGAUGAUGGUCACGUGUACACUAUAGACGUGAACAAGGAGUUCGUGGACGUAGGAAGGGAGUACUGGGAUAAAGCGGGAGUGGCUGGGAAGAUAACCUCUAUUUUGAAACCGGCCGAUGAAGUAGUCAAAGAGAUGGCACAAAAGCCGGAACAUCUGGGCUCCUUUGACAUUGCAUAUCUGGAUGUACCCAAACAUUUAUACGAGCCUGUUUACGAAUACAUAGUCCCUCUACUGAGACCAAGAGGUCUGCUCCUAGUCGACAACAUCUUCAUGAGUUACGGCGUGUUAGAGGACGAGGCGAACUACGACCCACGAGAUACGGCGGUUCUAGAUAUGGCCAAGUUCAACAAGCGCAUCAGUGCCGAUGAGAGAAUGAUGCAUAAUUUCAUAGAUAUUGGAGACGGAUUGGCUAUCGUGGUGAAGAAAUAAUUGAAGGGUGUAAAAUAACUGUAGAUGGCUUCUAUAAGAAAUAUUAGCAAUUUGUGUACAGAGUUCUUGUUUUUGCCAAUUCAG